AAGUGGAGAUAAAACAAUUCAUGGAUCUGGAACUUUCUCAUCUGGAAUGAAAGAGAAUACAUCUGGCAAUAUCAAAUUUAUUUACAAAACCCCUAAUCGGACCAAAUCCUAGGGUUUACCCUAACCGGAUCCAGACCCCCAAAGCCAAUCAGUUUUUCUUAAGCAAUGGAGGUGGGUAGUGUCAGCUCUGCGGAGACGAACUUGUGGGCAUGUUCUGUUAUAGAAGCUAUGGCGGUAGAAACUGCACUUGCAGCUUGGAAGUCUCUUGCUUGUCUGUUAUUUAUGGCUGAGUCAUUGCCUAAUGAUAUAAAUGCAUCACCAAAAUUGACUGCAAUGGAUGAGAGGUUUCCUCUAGAUGAACUUUUCAAGAUGAAGCGCCCUGAUUCAGAAAACAAAGAUGCUAGUGAUACAGAAGAUGACGAUGAAGAAGAUGAUGAUGGUAAUGCAGAAGAUCAGGAUGAUGAGAACGAUGGGGAUUUCUCAGGGGAAGAGGGGGAAGAGGCUGGAGAUCCGGAGGAUGAUCCUGAAGCUAACGGUGAAGGAGGAAGUGAUGAUGAUGAUGAUGACGACGACGAUGAUGGUGAUGAAGAUGAUGAUGAGGAUGAAGAAGAUGAAGAAGAGGAAGAAGAAGAAGAGGAGGAGGAGGUUCCUCAGCCACCUUCUAAGAAGAGAAAGUGAAGAGCAGCCAUAGGCUCUAUGUUCCCCUUUUUGGGAUAGGUAGCUUUUAGUAGGGGCAAGGAUUCAUAUUCAGUAUGCAUAGAGUAGAAUUGUCCAUUACUAUUUCUGAAUGAACCUCUGUUCUGGUACCAAUGGUGUGAUGUUGUCACAGAUUAUUGUGAUGUAUAAUAUUUUAUUUUUCCUGGAA